UCUUCCCCAUUCACCACGGCUCAGGACUGAGCGCGCGCUCCAGAUUUUUUCCACCAAGUUUGAAGAAUUUCGUACUUAUUGCUUGAUUUUCUUUUUAAAGAAUACUUUUUAAGGAUAUCUUCAUCUUGUUUCAGUCUAUGUGUGUAUAUAUAUUGAACGAUUUUUAAGUAGAGUACAGUGUGUAACCAAGUGGUCACUUUUAAAUCAAAGAACCAUCAACUCAGCAGCUUUCUUUCUUUCUCCGAGUAGAACAUCUGCAGUUUGGUCAGGAAGCUUGCUCGCGCCUAUUGUUUUUUUAUACACGCUUUUACGGACCACUUGGUUUAAAAAAAACCGUUUGAACGGGGGGUUUAUUGCGCCGGAUGCCAAUUCGUUUGGUUCCCAUGUGAGAAUUCGGUAACGCCAACCAACCAGCCAACCAACGCCUUUCACCGUGUGGUGUGAACCCGCACACCAGCAGCCAGAUCGCUAGAGCUCAGUGCGGCCAUCACUUUCUUUCGCUCUCUAGUCGUGUCGGUUUGUUUGUUGUCUAACACAAACGCUGUCGAAGUGAAGAUGGGUUGCACCCUCAGCGCGGAGGAUAAAGCAGCGAUCGAGAGGAGCAAGAUCAUCGACAGGAACCUGCGGGAAGACGGCGAGAAAGCGUCCAGAGAAGUCAAACUGCUCCUGCUGGGUGCUGGUGAAUCAGGGAAGAGCACAAUAGUUAAGCAGAUGAAGAUCAUCCAUGAAGAUGGCUACUCAGAAGAGGAGUGCAAGCAGUACAAGGUGGUGGUGUACAGCAACACGAUCCAGUCAAUCAUUGCCAUCAUCAGAGCAAUGGGUCGUUUAAAGAUUGACUUUGGCGACUCGGUUAGAGCUGACGACGCACGCCAGUUGUUCGUGCUGGCUGGGACAGCGGAGGAAGGGGUCAUGACCCCUGAGUUGGCUGGGGUCAUCCGCAGGUUGUGGAGGGAUAACGGAGUCCAGAGCUGCUUCGCCAGGUCCCGGGAGUAUCAGCUGAACGACUCCGCUGCCUACUAUCUAAAUGAUCUGGAGAGGAUAUCCCAACAGGGCUACAUGCCCACACAGCAAGAUGUGCUGAGGACUCGAGUCAAGACCACAGGCAUCGUGGAAACUCACUUCACCUUUAAAGAGCUUUACUUCAAGAUGUUUGAUGUGGGUGGUCAGCGCUCAGAGAGGAAGAAAUGGAUUCACUGCUUCGAGGGUGUCACAGCUAUUAUCUUCUGUGUAGCUCUGAGUGAUUAUGACUUAGUGCUGGCUGAAGAUGAGGAGAUGAACCGCAUGCAUGAGAGCAUGAAGCUGUUUGACAGCAUCUGUAACAACAAGUGGUUCACAGACACCUCCAUCAUCCUCUUUCUCAAUAAGAAGGACCUGUUUGAGGAGAAGAUCAAGAAGAGUCCAUUGACUAUCUGUUACCCUGAAUACUCGGGUUCUAACACGUACGAAGAGGCCGCAGCUUACAUCCAGUGCCAGUUUGAGGAUUUAAACAGGCGAAAGGACACCAAGGAGAUAUAUACCCACUUCACCUGCGCCACUGACACCAAGAACGUGCAGUUUGUCUUUGAUGCAGUCACUGAUGUCAUCAUCAAGAACAACCUGAUUGAAUGUGGACUCUACUGAAGCAUGUUUGUUUGCCGAGAGGGACUAGCGAGCAAUGCCUCGUGGGAUGGAUCUCUUUGUCGCUGCCUGUAGCGGAUUCCAGUCGGUGGGGGAAAAAAUGGCGACACACAGUGCUGCUACCACACUGCACGCACACCGUAGUUCUUACUGUGCAUUCUGGAGAAACUCUUCAACCUUCUUUGUUGGCGCUAUUAUCGUCUGUCUUUCUUUACUUCUCCCACACGUUCGAGAGAGGUCAAGAUGGAUGAACGUUCUCUGUUCAUGCUUGAAAUGAAAUUACAACUGGUUCAAGUUGCUCUUCGACCGAUUGGCGAUCCUUUUUUCGGCUGUUACAGUAAAUAAAGUAGUUCUAUGCACACACCAGAAUCCUACAAUGUUAAGAUGCAUCUUGCCAAAAGAGGAAUUUCUGACUAUCAGCAGCUACAUAACUGUGAUUUCUUCAUCCAGCUGAAUUUUGCAAGUUUCUCACGUUAGGUUUAUAAGUAAGUUAUUAAUAUUCCGAUUGUUUUGAGUUCUUUUUUUUUUUUUUUCGGGACCAUGGUUCAAUGGAAACAAGACCUAUGAUGGUGUUCCCAUAAGAAGAGCAUUUUCACCUACUCAACUGUAGCUGUUUAGUUCUCGGGUCAGUUAUAAUCUAGAUUAGUUGCAUUUUAAAAAAAUAUAUAAAUAAAAAUGAAAAAAGUAAAUAGUGAAAUACUUGUUCUUCUAUUCCUCUCUGAUUUUUUUUUUUAGUAUGGGCCAUUACAUAACACUUUUGUUCUUGUUCAUUACAAUUGUGUAUGAAUUAUUACCGAUUAAUAAAUCCAUGACUGCAUGCUAAUGGAAUUAAUAAAUGGUUCAAGAACACUUUGUAAUAAAUGUAGAUAUUGUGA